AUUUUCGACUGGUAACCCUUUUCCGUAAAUAAAAUAGUACUAACAGAAUAGUACAAGUUGGAGUUUUGAGUGCACCCAAAUAAUGGAAAUUGUUGGAAAAUUGCAGAAACAGUUUAUCGACUUCAUUACAGCUUUGUACCAUGAGGGAUUCUUGGAUGAUCAGUUUCUUCAGCUUAAGAAACUACAAGUUGAGAGCAGCCCUGAUUUUGUAUUUGAAGUAGUGACACUUUUCUUUGAAGAUUCAGAAAAGAUUAUCAACAAUCUGGCAGCUACACUUCAGCAGCAGGUUGUGGAUUUUAAGCAAGUUGAUUCCCAUGUCCACCAAUUCAAGGGUAGCAGUUCCAGCGUAGGUGCACAAAGAGUAACGAAUGCUUGUAUAGCUUUCAGAAACUUUUGUGAACAGAAGAACCUUGAAGGGUGUGUGCAAUGUCUGCAGCACGUGAAACAUGAAUAUUUUCUUGUGAAGAACAAACUCGAAACCUUGUUGAGGCUAGAGCAGCAAAUCUUGGCAGCUGGUGGUACGAUUCCUGUCCUGUCAUAGGUGCUGAUGAUUUUAAGGCAUACCAAAAUACAAGGAUAGUAGAGAGGAAGGGAGUUGGCAUUGCAAAUGAGUUUCAAGAUUUUGGUGUGAACCCAACGAGGAACUUCACUAUCGUAUAGUUGACUCGACUCGAAUGCCCUCUUAGCUGCUUUGAUUGCUGGAUUCUAAUAGUUGAAGAUGUAAAGAAUUCAUUGUGAAUAGCAGAUUUCCUAUAUUGUUACUUCAAAAUUCCUUUCGCCUUUUGGUAGUGAGCUAUCUAUAUACUAACAGCUGAACUUUUUCUCCCUUCAAUGGUUAUCACUAGGGUUGUUAUUAUCAGAA